AUGCGGCCGGAUGGCGGGAUCAGCCCGAGCUUCGUGGCCCAGCAGCGGAUCCGGCAGCUGGAGCAGAAGCUGCGAGCUAAAGAAGAAAGAAUAGUUGUGCUGGAAACAGAAAAUGCUCUUCUUCAUCUGAAACUUGCAGAGUGUCGAGGGUUGAUUGGAAGAGACACUAAUGAAGUGGCACAGCUUAACUUUGUUCAUGACAAGCAACAGAACUUGUGUAGAAGCACGAGCUCCGUUAUAAUCCAGGUUUAUGGAGCAAUACAGAGUCUUAAGCGAGACCUGAAGAAUCUCCAUUCAUUUGCUCUUGAGCUUUCAAGAGACUUUCAACAUCAAUGCAAGAAUUCUCUUUACCAAGUUUUGACUGCUGUCCAAAGGAUCCAGCUGCAGAAUGAAGCUAUGCAAACAUUCCAGACAAAAGCAUUUGAUCUCGAGCAGUCUUUACAGGAAGUUAAUGAGAGAUACCAGCAAGAAAAACAAAAGAGAAAAAUACUUCACAACAGUUUAGUUGAACUGAGGGGAAAUAUCAGAGUGCACUGCAGGAUCCGUCCCUUAUUGCCUUUUGAUACUGCUUCUGGACAUUCAGUCUCACAAGAUAGGCACAGAAAGCUUUCAGAAAAAGUGGCACAUGCUACUGAUGAUGAAACUGUCCUUGUAAAAUGCAAUCGUCCUGGUCAUACUUUGAUCAACAAGACAUUUCAGUUUGACAGAGUUUACAGUGAUGCUGAGUCUCAAGACACAGUGUUUGCAGAUGUGGCCCCUUUGCUUACAUCUCUGCUGGAUGGAUACAAUGUGUGUAUUAUGGCUUAUGGACAAACAGGGAGUGGGAAGACGUAUACAAUGUUGGGACCGCAAUCUGAGGAUGAUGUCACUCUUUCAAUAGAAGAUGAACUAGAGCUAGGAAUUAUUCCUAGAGCCACAGAAGAAGUCUUCAGGCUUAUUUCAGAAAAGCCACCAGGAACUCAUUGGGUUGAGGUUUCUGUUGUAGAAGUGUAUAAUAAUGAAAUUUUUGAUCUUCUGGCCAAAGACAGCUGUGGAAGAGUAUUCGGCGUUAAACGUGACGUUGUCACAACCAAGGAAGGCAAGAGCGAUGUGCCGCUGCUUACCUAUGAGACUGUUGAAAAUGCUGUAGAAUUCUUACAGCUAGUUGAUAAAGGUCUGCAGCUAAGGGUCAAGCAUCCAACACUGGUGCAUGCUCAUUCUUCUCGCUCUCAUCUGGUAGUGACAUUGACCAUAACCAUGAAGGCUGUCUCUGCAGAUAGCUUUGCUCCUCUAUGGACAGAUGAAGAGUCUAGUCCAAGGCUAAGUAAAGAGCUUUUCUGCACCUUUCCUCAACAAGUGAAAGAUGAUAAACUCAUCUUUCCUUCCAGAGCCUCUUCUCCAGCACAGUUUGAAUCUACUGAGAAACUGAAGCACAUCAAAACUAAACUACAGCUGGUGGAUUUGGCGGGCAGUGAAUGUGUUGGUAUGUCUGGAGUGACAGGAGUAGCCCUGCGAGAGACCUCGUUCAUUAACCGUAGCUUAUCAGCUCUGUCAGACGUACUUGGAGCAAUAGCAGAGCAGCGCUCUCACAUUCCAUAUAGAAACAGCAAACUUACCCACCUACUCCAGGACUCCAUAGGGGGCAACGCUAAAUUGCUGGUGAUGCUGUGCGUCUCCCCCUGCCAGAAGUACGUAGCGGAAUCGCUGCAAUCCUUGGGAUUCGGAACUCGUGCUCGGCAAGUUCAGAGAGGACAAGUCAAGAAAAGAAAUCUGCCAGUGUCUAGCAAAUCAAAAUAA